UAGUCGAGAGAGGUGAGAGCAGCACCGUGGUCUGAGCUAGCUUGAUCUCUUCAGAAAACUCACAUUAAGUGAAGACUAUGGCCUUGCCAGGUCCAAAUAAGGACAACAUCAGGGCUGGAUGCAAGAGAUGUGGUUAUCCGGGUCACCUCACGUUUGAAUGUCGAAACUUUGUGCGGGUUGACCCACGCAAAGACAUUGUGUUGGACGUGAGCAGCACCAGCAGUGAGGAGAGUGAGGAGUAUGAGAACGAGGACCUUCAUAAUGAGAAGCUCCAUGGUGGCUCUGACCAUAAAGGUUCUCGUGAAGAACGAAAGAAAGAAAAACAUAAAAGAAAAAGUAAAGAGAGAUCCAGUCGAAAGGCAAAAAAGAGGUCUUACUCUUCAAGCGAUGAGGAUGAGGAUGAGGGGGAGGAAAGCAGGAAGAAGAAGAAACAUAAAAGCCAUAAGAAGAAAGGCAAAAAAGAAAAGAAGGAGAAGGAAAAACGGCAUAAGAAAAAGUCCAAAAAGAGGCACAGGCAGUCCUCGUCAUCUGACAGCUCCACCUCCUCAGAUUCAGACUGAUGAGCCCAGGGUUUGUGAGGCGAAAUCAUGACGGACCAUAUUAUGAGUAAAGCCCUCAGCGUGCUCUUCACAGAGCAAUGUGUGAUUGACCUGUGGAAUACCCCAACUCUUAGGUUAUGGAAGUAGAUCUUCUCUGAACCAAAUGUUGAUCAUACGAAAGAUUUUGUUAUUUCUGCUGUUGUGAUUUCUGUCAAACAGGCAGUAAAAAAUAGGAGGUACAAGACCCUUCACAAAAACAAGUUCCUCUGUGUUUUUCCUCUUUUUUGGGGGAUGGUUGGUGAAAUGUUGU